AUGACUACUCGUCUUAUUCCCCAUGCGGCCGUGUCUGCCUUCAGAGACUCUUCCGGGUUUCCGAUACCUAUCUCGGCGAGUGACAACGGCACAAAUCAGGUCACUACAGCAGACCAGCGAAUUAUCCGCAAAAGCUCUCGCAAAGUGGCCCAGAGGGCGGCUAGCGGUGAAGUAGGCGCCCGGUUAGACUGUCUGUCGAUGGACGAAGUGGAGCGCGCCCCGGGAAAUACUCAACUGCCUGACACGGAGGUGUCUUUGCUAAGUCUGCUACAGAAGCAAGACACGAAUCAAGCGGACGCUGUCAAGCAGGUUCUGAAUCACAUGUCAGACCAUGCAGAAGAGCACGCACUACAGAUGGCAUUGGUGUGGCGCUACGCAAAAGAGCAUGAAUCUCGACGGAAACCAGACCGUACGACUGUGUAUUCAGUUUGGAACGUCCACGGACGUUGCGCGCCGGGGAAGAUCAACAUCAUCCAGCGAAAUUGGGGCGAGAAGUGGUAUAAUCAAGCACGUCAGAGGAAUAUCUUCCCGCCUGCCGAGCGCGGAGCUGCAAGUCUCUCAAAAACCAUGCUUAGACUCAUCGCCAAUGUGAGCAGCUCUGUGACUCUGAGCCAGGCAUUGGAGUUUCUCGAGCACGCUAUCCAAGAUCGGACAGCGGUUGGAUCGCGGAGAAUGUUGGGCUGGAAAGCUGCAACGACCACCCAUCUUAUGCUCUGUGACGUGCAAUCGCUCAUAGCGCAUGUUGAGGAAGAACGGCCAAUGUCUGCCACGAAGACGUCACAAAAGACACAGCCUACAGGCUCAGAUGAGGAAACCCUGGAGUUAAUUAGCUCGAAGGGAAUAUCAAGUCUCUCUGCUUUUGGAAGCUCAACGCAAUCGAAAGAGGUAUCAGCAAGAAGAACUGGUAAAAGGAAGCCACAGAGCGUUGCAAACAACAACAGCGACAUACAAAUGACUAGACAGGAAGGUCGAAGGAGCGAGAUAGUCGUGGCAGCCACGGCGUCACAGGCAGGCAAGCGGAAAACCGUCGAGCCCUUGCAGUUGGACCAUAAGACUUCUCGUGAGAAAAGAGCUCGGAUACGAAUGGACCGGCGACAGUCGAUAGUGGACGCCCCCGAUUUGCCCCUUGAGGCUGUAAGUGGCAGCGUAAUCGCAGACGUGCCACCCGAUGGUCGGCAAGACCAUUCAACGACUACAGGCACAGUUAAGAGGCCUCCGCAGGUCGAUCGCGCCCAGCAAGAGAAGGUGGAUUCGCAUGUCGUGAGAGACAGCGCGACGGAACGAGAGGCCAGGUAUCAGAGCUCUACAAAUUCUCCUACGGCUGAAUUCGAAUUUGUCGCUAAUGGGAGCGCCUCCGAACACUUGGAACAUGCUACUGGUCCUCGUGAAAAGCAACACGACCAACCUCUAGACUCUUACAACCAUUGCACAUCAUGUGGUGGAAGCUGUUCAGCAUGCGAGGUACCAUCAGGUUUCAAUGAAUUCGAGCGCCGUAACCUAUACUCGGCCGCCCACCGGGCCUUGGAGCUAGAGGCGAGAGCUCCUCAUGCCACAGUGCGCAACUGGGUAAAGCCUAUCAGAUACGCAAGUUGCAGCGUAGGAUUGCCCCAGGGUCCUGGAGAAGCUUCGAUGAUGCCGAUGAAUGAUCUGCGGCGAGACCUUACUGAAGCCAUCGCGCCGGCGUUCCUUCGACAAGAUCGAUUCCGAUUGCUAGAUCUCUUAAUCGAACGCUGUAAAGCAGAUGCUACAAAACAUUUGGGGAAACAACUUCAUCUGUUGCCCUUUGACGUGGGAGGCAGCCGAAGAUUCAACAUUCUUGGAUGGCCAGGUGCUUUCUCUGGUGCUCACGUCGACAGCAGUGGAGCGACAUGGGUCCGCAAUCUCUUUGGACAAAAGCUUUGGAUGUUUGUGCCCGAGGAUCUAAUGACCCCAGCCGAUUGGGAAGAACUUGCAGAGGACGGUGAUGACUGGAACCCCGGCAACAAAGCCCGAGCUAUUGUGCUACAGCCAGGAGAUGUGUUUGUGAUGAGACCUGGUCUUGUCCAUGCUGUAUACACUCUCGGCGAUUCUGGGCCUAGCCUAAUGAUAGGUGGACUCUUCUUGGAUAAUCAGGACCUCAUUCACACUCUGCAGACGUUUCACAGAAUUGGGAAGAACCAACGCAUCACGAAUGAGCCUAUUUCCCAUCAGUUCGCACAAAUUAUCUCGAGCCUGGAGUGUAUAAUUCGAAGGAAUUCUGCGCCAUACUUCUCGACUCCAGAGGAUCUGGAUGUUUUUACAGACUUCUUGACGAGACUGCGUGCACUCGGCUGCGAUUGCUCAAAGUGUGACGAAGAAUGUACGUGUGCGCGCGAAAGUCGUCGUUGUACGCCGCUCUGCUCCGUGCAUGUCUUUGGUGAUGCGAUGCUAAGGUCUUGCAUGUCAGAAGAGUACUGCUCCUGCCAUGUAAAAUCGUGCCGCAGCGUACGCAUCGGAGUCAUGGGCUUGAAGCGCGUCGAAGGGCCCUGA